CCGCCCCGCCAGGCCCCGGACCAUGGUGGUGCUAAAGGGCGUCCCCGCGCUGCUCUCCCCGGAGCUGCUCUACGCCCUGGCGCGCAUGGGGCACGGAGACGAGAUCGUGCUCGCAGAUGUGAACUUCCCCACGGCCUCCAUAUGCAAGUGCGGCCCCGAGGAGCUCCGCGCUGACGGAGGAGGGGACAAGGGAAAGGCCGGAAUGCUGGGGGACAGGGGACGGCCCAGCUGCCGCGUGACCCACACGCCCUGCGUGUUCGAGGGAAACAAGCCGGUAGGAGUCGCAGCCAGGCCUGGGCAUCCCGCCGCUGCUGGAGGCCGUGCUGCAGCUGCUGCCCCUGGACACCUACGUGGAGAGCCCGGCUGCCGUCAUGGAGCUGGUGCCCAGCGACAGGAAGAGGGGCCUUCAGACUCCCGUGUGGGGGACCUACCAGUCCAUCCUGUCGGGGGCCGGCUGCGAGGGCGCCCUGGCCACGGUAGAGAGGUUUGCGUUUUAUGAGCGCGCCAAGAAGGCUUUUGCUGUGGUAGCAACUGGGGAGACGGCUCUCUACGGAAACCUCAUCCUCAGGAAGGGGGUGCUGGCCCUGGAUGCGCCCUAGACCACCGCGCCCAGAGACGCAGCUGGAUGCCUGAGCCGGACCACAGAGCAGUGGCCCCGCCCCCGCCUAGCUGCAGGGUCCGGCGGGGCCGGCCGGGCCGGGGUGGGGGGACCGCCGGGGACCCGGGUCACCCGAUUUACGGCCGUGAUGUGAAGGUUUCAACAACAGCCGCAUCCUCACAAA